AUGAACGACAACCAGUAUGUGUACCUCGAGACGCCCAAGACCGGACCCGAGGUCGACGACGAGGCCCAGACGCUGCUCGAGAUGGCUGCAAUCAAUGGCGCACUCCUCGCCCAAAAGUACUUUGAGCUCGAAGGCGACCUCGACGAGCUCCACGAAAAGCACACACAGUCGAUGGCCCUUGUCGCGAACUACGAUAUGCUCGUUCGCGACCUCCGUGACGAAAAACAAGCCCUUAUUCUGCGCUGCCAAGCAUUCGAGGCUCAAGUCGACGGCCUCGUCGCGGCCAAGCGAGACGUCGAUGGCCGCCACGGCAGGCUCCAAGCCACAUGCCACAGCCUCCAGAAUUCAGUGCAACAGCUUGCUGCUGAGCGUGCGGAUGCUCUGGAUGCCCUUUGCCACGCUCAGGACGAAGCCGCUGCGCUCGAUGCGGUGCGACGCCGUCUAAAGGCCUCGGUCGAAACGCUCCAGCACGAGCGACGCGCCCUGCAGAGCUACGUGGCCGAGAAGGACGCGCAGAUUGCGCACUUGCUGCAGCAAGAGAGGGUCUGGCGCAUGACGUCGGACGUCCAGCACCAGAAGAUCCAGCGGCUCGAGCGCACCGUGAACGACCUUGGCGCCCAUGCAUCGGAGCUGGCCUCGGCGCUGCAAGCGGCGCACGACCAAGUCGCCUCGCUGCGCACCGACGUGCAAGCCAAGGAGCAGGAGCUACGGGAUGUAAAAGCGACAAAGGCAGCAUUGCCGAUCGAAAUCAUAUCCGUGCCAGCGCCUGCCGCACCGACAACGUCGGCCACGGGCAUGCUCAUGCUGCUCAUGUGGCUCAGCUACCGGCGGGUCCUGUCUCGGCAACCGCGCUGGAUGAGCGUGCUCUCGGCGACCGUCGCCAAGCCGCAGGUGUGGGCCCCCAUGGUUCACCAAGCAUGGGUCCACCGAGCGUUUUGA